GACUCCCCCUUGUUUGGGAUCAGCCACCUCCUGACCCCAAAGGGACAGAUCAGGAGCAGCAGCGGCACCGCCAGCGACUCCGAGGCAGAAGAGGGGGAGGGGGUAAGAGGGUCCCCUGAGAAGUACAUGACCCCGUUGGUCAAAUGACUGUACAACAGAUUCAUCUCUCCAAGAACGGACUCUGCGCAGAGGAGGAGAGUGCCUGUGGGACAAGCGAGCCCCCUGUGCUCAACCGAGCCCAAAAUGAGGCUCAGAUGCUCAUCUGAAGACUCUUCCUCGGACAUUGGGGGGGAGGGAAGCAGUGAGGCAGGGCACAGCAUGCAGCAGGAGGCAGUAUCUAAGACAACAACAGUCGCAGCUGUGAGAGGAAUGGCCACUGAGAAAGAUGGCUUGGAGGAGGAGGAGGAGGAGGAGGAGAUAGGUGGCGGCAGUGGGAGCCUGGUGGCUGAAGAGAGCAAAGAUUGCAGUGAGAAGAGAAAAGGAGGGAGAGGGAGAGGAGGAGCCCCAGGAGAGAGCAGGCGUGGAGAGGGGGAAGACCUCUCGGAGAGCGAGGGGGGUUUGAGAGCUGGCAGCCCCUCCAAAGACAGUGAGAGCCUGGCCCUGGUGCUCUCUGAUUCUAGUCAGGACAAGUCAAGUGGCUCAGAGAAAACAGUUCAGGGGAGGAGGAGGAGCAGCAGGCGCCGAAGGUAUGAGGAGAGCACAGAGGAUUCGGGAAGUGCUGAGAGCUUCUCUGAAAUGAAGAAAUCCCUGUCACCGGACAAAGGGGCAAUAGCCCUUGUAAACAACUUUGUUUCAGGAAAUGUGAAGGGUCCUGUGUUGGAGGGUCCAUCACACGGAGAGGAGAACACAGAGCAAGAAGACAGCAAAGGGCCAGGGGGGAAGAAAAUCAGAAGACAGAGUAUCUUGAAGAAGGGAGAAAGCGUGGGCAAACAGGUAGCCAAGGAGAAGCGCAAGUCUGUCUCCUAUGGCGGGGCAGACAUCUUGGAAGUGAAGGAGGCCACUGAUCUGCUGCACACCCCUUCGAGGGAGAAGGCCGUAAGCCAGAGGCCUGCCCCUGCACUGAGCUCCCCGUCCUUUGGGAUAGCUUCCUCCCAGCCUUCCGCUUCACAACUACGUGGCCACAGACUCUUCAACAUGGACCCCCUGGCACCUUCGCAGGACCUCAUUGUCCCAUCAACACCAGAGGAUCCCAAGAAGUUCCUGCGCAGACCGUACACAGACCUGGUGAUCCGGGGCAGCAGGACACAGCGCACAGCCCUGAAGAGCCAGAAGGGAGGCAGCCUGAGCAGUAUGCCACUGCCCAGGAAUCCAUCUGGCCGACGGGCUUCAGGAUCCUCUCAAGUUAGGCAGGGCAGCCGGGGAGCCACCGCAGCACCCGUGCGCAGGUCGAUGCGGCUGAGUGCAGCCCCCGCCAAAAGGGAGGCGCAUGGCGACGAGGAGGUCUUCAUGGAUUCCGAGGACGAGGAGGAAUUCCUGGGCGGGUCCCGGAUACCACUCCUGCCGCGGCCUCGCAGGUCCACAGAGGAGUUCCAGCACACGGGCGUGCUCAAGCCCAGGGGCAAGCGGGGGCGGCGGCCCAAGGGAGACAGCCUGCCCUCCCUCUACGUGAGCAGCGUCCAUUCCAAAGAGAAGACCAGCCUCUUACCCAUCAUUGCAAAGCUGGGUGGGUUCCGUGUCACUUCAGUGAUUGAUGGAUCGACAACCCACGUGGUGUGCGGAGCAGCACGGCGCACACUGAGUCUGCUGCAGGGUAUUGCAAGGGGUGUGUGGGUCCUCGAUGCAUCAUGGGUAUAUGAGUCACUUGAGCUGGGGCGUUGGGCACCAGAGGAACCUUUCGAGCUCUUCAUGACUUUUCCAGGGGCCAAGAUCUCACGACUGCAAAGGGAGGAGCGAGGCAAGAAGGGGAAUUACACCCAAACCCUCUUCUCUGAUGUGGGCUCCAUCUAUGUUGCAGAGGGAUGCACUCCUCCCUCAGACCAACUUAGGAGCCUCCUUGAGCUGACGGGGGCCAGAGUGGCUUCCCAUCCCCGCUCCGCCAACCUGGCCAUUGGACCCCCUCCUUCCUCGGCCUCAGCCCCAGCAGAUUCCUCCGUCCCCCGCAGCCUGAAAGUCACUCACCUGUCGGAGAAGUGGGUCCUUGACUCAAUCCAGCACCACAAGAUACAGGACUUUGCUGAGUAUGUGCUGGCAGAGGCAAAGGGAGGAAGUGCGGGCAGUUCAGCUUCCCCGGGCUCCGUCUCCUCAGAGGACGGGGGGGGGGAGGGAAGCAGCAGAGGAGAAGUAGGAGAGAAGGCCACUUAAGCUACAGGAGCUCAUUUUUAUUUUUGUGUUUUUGAUGUUACUAUUUUUUUAUGUUUAUUAUUAUACUUAUUGUUACUAUUGUUGGUAAUCAUAGGAGUGUUUAUCUUUUCUUUUUUUUACUGUGUUUUCUUGUUUGUUGUUCUAUUCUUGGCCAUUUCAUUCUUCCUUCCAGAUAUGCUUUUAGUUGUCAAAAUUUAGAUUAAAUGUUUUUAAAAUUCUAGCACUCAUCUGCUUGUUAUAUCCUAGGAUAGAAUGGACAUUGCUCAAUCUUUAACCUUUCAAGGACAUUGACACCUAUUUAACAUAAUAGCAAUAAACUGGAAUUUACCCCAGGUAUCCAGGGCAACCUCCUGCUGUAACCCGCUGGCAUCGGGUACAUGUACUGGUCACUGUAUUUUUGUUUGUAGAUUUUGUGAGUUCUGUGCCUUGCCCUAGGAAAAAGUUACCCUGACAUCAGAACCCUUUACCCAUGCCAGGAAUGUGUAUGUGCAUGUGUUGCCCACCGUGCUUUUAUUUUAUUUGUACUGACUACACAUAGAUGGCGCCAGCAGUGCUUAGGCAUUAGACUAACUUGAUCUCACCUGUUUAAUCAGUAAACAGGUGAGUAAAUUAAAGUUGCAGUAAGUUAAAUUGCAGUGGGCUGUGCAUGUGCUCGUCAUGAGUUAACUGUCAGUAUAUACCAUAUUACAGUAUUAUGUAUCAGUUUAUUGUAAAAAGAAAAUGAAAAGAAAAAUUUAGGAAAAUUUAGUAUU